AUGGCUCUGGGGCCGACGUCCAUCACCGAGGAGCGAGAGAAAGCCAUUGACUUCACGCAGCCGUUUGACUUCGAGCCGUGGGACAUCAUGAUCCCCGCCUCCAUCGAGAACGUUGAUUUGGUGGCCUACCUUAUGCCCUUCAGCGGCAUGGUAUGGCUGGGCUUACUGCUCUCGUCUCUGGUAGUGGCUGUUGCCCUUUACACUUUCGCGCAAGUCUCCGCAGCGCCAAAGACUAUGUACCCAAGACAGGUAUCUCCAAGACUCUACUCUGCUCCUCAGUACAUUUUUGACACAUUGGCUGGUUUAGUUACACAAGGUAACAACCAGCCUCAAACCCCGUCGGUGCGAGCGCUGGCAGGGUGGUGGUGGCUCUUCUGCGUCAUCAUCAUUGCCUCCUACAGCAGCAAAUUGAUUUCGUCUAUCACCGUCCGCCUAACAGCGCCAGUUGUGACGUCCAUGCUAGAUAUGGUCGAGUCUCGACGCAUACUGUGGACUUAUCAGGCAAACAGCGCUAUGGAAGAACUUUUCAAGAACUCAGACCCCUCGAGCAUGUUUGGGAAAGUCGGGCAGCUGCACCGUGAGAUGCCCGAGCUCAUCGUCCCCGACUUCCAAGCGGGUGUCGAUGCCGUGAGGGAGAAAAAGCUGGCCUAUGUUGAGGUCACUCUAGAUCUAUUAUCUGUAGUAUCAGUGGACAGUACAUUUGCUUACAUAUGUUAA